GUCGGAGCGUGUUGUUGAGCACAUAUUCCCACAACAACUUGGCGUUACGAAACAUUCUCCAGUCGUUUUUGGCAGCAGGACACACAUGUUUGUCGUCAAGAGGGAACUCACUUCCGGAACAAAACACUGACGGUUGAUUCCUUGUGUUCCAGUCAGAGCCAAUAUGGCUCCUAUCCAUGAUGUCACGGUAUGGGCGGAGUCGCUGGACCAGCUUCUGGAGUGUAAAACGGGCCAGCUGGUGUUUGAAGACUUCCUGCGGACAGAAUACAGCGAGGAGAACCUUUUAUUUUGGCGGGCCUGCGAGCGCUACAAGAAAAUUACCAGCGAGGCAGAAAGGACGGAAGCUGCCAAAAGGAUCUACACAGAGUUCGUCCAGGUUGAUGCUCUGAGACAGAUAAACAUUGACUGUGCGACGCGAGAGGGAAUCAGAGAGAAUCUCUCUGAGCCGGGGCCUGAUUGCUUCGACAGGGCGCAGAGACUGAUAUACAGUCUGAUGGAAAACGACUGUUAUCCACGAUUCCUCAAAUCAGAAAUCUACCAAGCUCUCCUGGAACAGCAAUGAAAGCAGCUCGAGGGAAUAACAGCCUGGCCGACGCCUCUCUGGAUGAUUGACUCUGCACUUCGCUCCUUUGAAUUUCAGUUUAAACAAAGAGGCUCGUCUGUGACGGGAAGCAGAAGUGAACGCAGAUACACGGCUGUCGGUACGAGGACUGACAGCAACUUAAAGCCGAAACAUUAUCAAAAUAAUGUAUUAAGCAGCUUUUCAGGCCGGUUUUGGGCUCCGACUGCUGUACGUUGCAUAAAAAUGUCCUGUAAUUCAGUCAAAGGAUGAAAUGAAGUUCUGAAAAGAUGAUAUUUGUUUGGAAAGAUGAGUAUCAGGGGUAAAACGUGUAUAAUUUGUACACAGGAGUCAGUCAUUGGAACCCUUGAAUUAUUCAAACUGAGGUAUAUUGAACUUCUGACGAGCCUGUUUGCAGAACAUCCUGUCCCUUUUUUCAAGCACAGAAACUGAUAAUUAAGAAAUAUUGUCAACUGCCUAAUAUAUUAGAUUUUUAUGCGCGAAAUACUCUUAACGUCGUAAAAGACAUGGUUUUUAAAAUUCAUUGUUCUACAGCCUUACAAAUAACAUGUUCUGUGUUGAUAAAGACCAAAAACCUAUUAUUAUCAUCUUGCAUUUUCUGAAUAACUUGUUACCAGCAGUGUAUUAAGUCUCCUACAUAAUCUAGUUUUUGUGGGAUUCAUAUUACACAACACAAUAAUAGCAACUUUAAAGAAUUUCCCGCUGCCGGCUGUGUAAAUUUAGUGUUUUGUUUCAAUGUAAUACUGUAUUUAAAACUGUGCUGUGUUGUGUUUGUUGGACCGGAACUGCAGCGUCUGUGGUUGUUUAUGAUGAUCAACUAAUGAACAUGUGUGUAUGCCAGUGUUGUGUCCCAAUUUAUGAGCAAUCAACUGAUAGAAACAUCAGGAAAAAUUCCCAGUGAAUAUCUUAAUUUUUCAGGGAUCAGUUCUGUGUCUACAUUUACUAAUGAUACUAAUAACACGUAGGUAAAAUCUGAAAGUAGGUAAAGCCAAAUAACUGCACAUCAUUAAUCACAGAUUAAAAGUAGUUCUGAUGUUUUGAGUGAUGAUUUGUAAUAUUUUGAAUGUUUUAAG